GUCCGCCCGACCGCCGGGGAGAAUGCGCGGAAGCGGAGCUGUGAGUUCGCCGAGGCAGCGUUCCACGGUUCGCGCCUGGCCGAGGCAGCAGGCGCGGCGAGCAGCAACGGCGACUUGGACGUCUGGUGGCAAAUCUCAGAUGUGGUCGCUGAAGGACAUCCGAGCGCACGACGCGGCGGCGCAGCUGGCAGAGGCAAAGGCAACCCUGACUCGGGAAAGACCUGCCCUUACUGCAAGGAGAAAGGUCAGUCCCAGCGGGAAGUCGUGGCGAAAAACGUCGACUCCGACGAGUGCGUCUACUGCCUGGCGCUCGUGAGCUACGACGACCACGACGUGAUCGGGCAUCAGGUGAAGGGCGGCUUCCACGACGGGAUCGGACACCGGGUGAAGGUCGGCUUCCACGACUCGAUCGGCGACCAGGACGAGUUCUUGUGUCGCCCCUGUGACGACGAGUUGGUGAUGGCAAUCGGCGGUGGUACGCGGUCUCCGGAGUGCGAUGUCGACGGGUUCCUGAUGCUGGACGGGGGAAGCGAUGAGCACUGUGCCGGGCGAAGCUUCGCCAAGCAUAGCGUGGCGGAGGAGACGAGUUCCAAGUUGGUUGCCACCCAGAAGCAGAAGAUCUCUCUCGACGACGAGUCGCAGGUUCCGUCUGCGAUUGGAGGUCAGGUGGCUUGCCGGGCCAACUUGAAGAUCGGCCCCAUUGCUCGUGACUUGCGCAGCACUGGUGGGGUCUUCGACGCGGGCUUCGACGUGGUUUACUCGCGCAGUGACGGGUGCUUUGUCGGCUACACCAAGCCCACCAAGAAGUGCGCGAAGCGUGCACAGAUGGGGAAGCGGCUGGCAAUGAGUCGCUCUCCCAACGCCGCGAUGGGCAUCGUCGCGGCGAACGAGGACGUGGAGAUGAAGGGCGAGGGGGCCGUCCAGGCGCGCGGGGUCGGCUUCGUCGGGGUCUUGCGGCGCGGCUCCCGAGGCAAGCCUUCCGGCGGCGGCUGGGCCCCAAAGCAAGCGAGGGGCCCAGAAGGAGCAGAACUGGGGCCAGGCGGCUGUCGAGCCGACCUGCUACGAGCUCGUCUGAGGGAGCUGGGUGCCGCGAUCUGCGGCGCGAAGGAGCAGCUGUGGACUCGCCUCAAGCAGGCCGAGGUCAAUCACAUGCAGGCCAGGGUCGUGGAGGCGCCUUGCACUCCGACGGAGGUUGAGAGGGGCCAGCGCGAGGUUAUUGGGCACGCGGUGUUUAAGAAGUGGUACCCCGCGUGCGUGUUCGGCUUAGGCCGUGAGGGUCCGCGCGUCAACCAGCCCAUCUACGGCAGCAGCGCCAGAGAUGAGUUGAUCUUCUUCGACUGGGCUUUCAACGGCGCCAAGGACACCGAGAACCUCUGCAACGAGGGUGACAAGGGUCUUGGCACGUCUCUUGUGACAGCUGACCGCAGCACUGGCCACCUCUACGGCGACGCGCUGGGGAGCCAGGCCGCGGGCGACCGCGCGACCAAGCAGCUCGUGAGGUUCAUGAAGCAGUUGGCCUACAGAAGCCUGAGCUCAGGCCAACGGGUGCAGGCUGAGAUGAGCAGCGGCGUCAAACUCACACCGCAUUCACCGCUCUGGCCGUUUGUCGCUCACCACGCUGCGAACGUGGCGAACUGGUUCAGCAGGGGCGUCGACGGCUACACGUCGCACUUCGCGGUCUACGGCGUGAACUACACGGGUGUUGUGGCGCCGUUCGCUGAGGCGGUGAUGGCGAGGGUUCCGCGCUCGAUGUCAG